AUGAUUAAGAGACUACAAAAAGAGGACAAUCUCUUUAUCACAGAGUACCUAUAUAUAAAAGAUCCUAUAGUUUACGAAGAAAUAGACUAUUAUAGCCAAUUCUACAACUAUAGUAGAGUGCUUCUGCUCUCUAAGAAAGGGGAUACUAUUGCACAAGGUCAUAUCAGCAUAUACAGGGUAGAAUCUAAGCAUAACACGGCUGAUAGAUUUACUAAGGCUUUGGCGAAGGAUCAAUUCAGGAUUUUUAUACAGUAG